AUGUUGAAAUACAAAUCCUUAGGUAAUAUUAUCGAUUUAUAUCAAGAAUGGCUUCCACUCCAAGAAGCUUUUCCAGUUCUUGUUGCAUUAAUACAAAGUACCAGAGCGAUUCCAAUGUCUUCGACAACUUGCGAAAGAACUUUUUCCAAAAUGAGAAUGAUUAAAACAACAGUGAGAAAUACAAUAACGGAUGAGCGUCUAAAGGAUUUAUGUGUAUUAGCAGCCGAACGUGAUAUAGAUGUAAAUUUUGAACAGCUUAUUGAUGAUUUUGCAAAUGCUCAUAAAAAUAGUCUGAUUAUGUUGAAGUAG